UGAACACUACCUGCAACAAUGAGUAACACUUUUUGUUUAAAGCCAUCUGAAAUAUUUUACUCACAGGAUUCAAUAAACAAUGUAUUUGAUAGAAAGUCACAACACAGGAACAUACAGAUUGGUGAAACUCUGGAUGCUAUUUGUGAUGAUAGAUGCAGCGUCUCGAAAUUACCUAAAAUUACCGUGGAAUCGAUUGACGGCAAAUGGUCUACAGCGGACAACCGUAGACUGUGGGUAUUGAAGCAGCUAGAGCGGCUGGGGAAAAUAAGUUCGACGAACGUGUAUAUAGGGGGUAUAUCGUCGAGAAAAAAGACGACAAACAACGGUGGUGUUUCUAUAAGGUUCAAAGAAAAUAGAUCCCCAGGUGGGCUGUGGCAUUUGAAACCCGAUAAGUUAAUUCCGUCAACACCAGAGGCACAGGAGGGGCAUUCUUUCAGCGAAAAUGACCAAAAUCAACGACUUGAAAAGGACACCGCACCUCUUGCGAAUCCUAGCUUGGACAGCCUUGCAGAGGAAGGGCAAACAAUACAAUGCAGCGAGAGAAGCGAUUCAAAUCAAGCAGACGCGUCCGAACACAGCACAAACGGAGAUGGAUCGGGUUGUAAAGUCAUCUUACCCAAUUUAAGUGACGCCAAUUCGAUUGUCGGAAAUCAGUCAACACCGUCACCAACUGGUCUUGAAAGCGAAUAUAGCCGUCCGGAAGUAGCUUUGUCUGAUUCCGAUCAGGAGGAAGGUAAUGUAUUAUCUGAGAAAGAAUUAUUCCAAGAUAUGUCCUCGUCCAUAACUGACGAUAUUGACCGAACCACCAAUGGUAAAGACGGAAUAGCUGUUGAACAGCCCCCGGAUGAAAGCCAAUUCGUAAAAGACGCAUCAUUAAAAAUACGCACCCGGUCACGAAAUCACAAUAAAAGCCCAUACGAAAGGGAAGCAGGGCUAUCGACCAAAUAUGUACGCGCUCUAUCGCCCGAACCACCGACGGCAGCCACCGGGGGGAUUUUGACAGUGCCUGAAAUCAAGCCAGAACAUACAGAACCAAUCACUUAUACUGGACCCGCACUGUCGGCCGAAUAACAAACAUCAAUUCCAAGUGGUUAUGGAAAUGAUCAACAAUCAAUAUACCAGUGGGUCAUAGAUCAUGGUAGCCGGACAAAAACUUUAUUGAGUAAGAGGAUUGAAACUUAAGUUUAGAUAAAACUUAUUUAUUUUAAAACGAUUGUGAGACAAGUUAUUGCAACAUUAUAUUAAUCACUCUCGUUGGCACGAUCAUGUUCUUGCCAUGUGUUGUGGGGGAAACCGGAGUACCCGGAGGAAACCCACUGGUGACCACACACUUUCUGUGAUAAUCCUUUACUUUUAAAGUUGAAUGAUUUUAUACUUGUUUGAGAUCUUUAUUUCAUUGCUUUGUUACUUUGGGGCCAAUAUAUACUUUAAAAAUGACUAUCAUCAUGCUUAUUAAUAACAUACCUGUUACUUAUCUAGAUUAGACACGUUAUUUAUGAUUGUUAUACGAUGUUAGUAUCAUUCUUAUUUUGUUCAAUGUGUUUGUAAAUACCAUUUUCUGGUUCGGAAUUUUCGAGUUAAAAAAGAAAGCUGUCGCCUGAUUAAAAUAGAUCCAUAUUAACGAAUUUACACAUAUUGUUACACUAGUUUCUUAUUUAUGUAAUGGCACUGAAUUGUACAUAGCUUAAACGCAAUGUAAAGCUAUAAUUUUAAACCGUUUAUAAGCAUCAAUCAAUACGUUGGAGUUUUAUAUUUGCAUAAUAUUUAUAAAUAAUGUUAAGAGUUGUAUAUUACGAUUUUUUUUAUUAAUUUCCUACUGCCUUUUUGCAGAUUCCUUUCUAUAUCACAUGCAUUGUUGUAAAAAACAUUUCUUUCAUAAAAAUUAUAUUUACUGCAUUAUCAAUACUGUUUUCAAUAAGGAACUAUGGAUUCUUCACGAAAUCAUUUAAACUCAUUACGUGACGUUCGCCUCAAUUCAAUACGACUUAAAGCAAUUAAUGGAGAUCUGAUUAAAAUAAACUGGAUUCUAAAGUGCAAUGUGGGCGAUCUUGUCUGCAGUGUUUUACUAAACACAUUUUGAAUGUCAUUUAACACUUUAACACUCAUUCAAGCAUACUCAUUGCAAUCAUCAAUGACAUUAUAAAUGUAACCUUUAUAUUUGAGUGCGUUUUAAAUAAAUACAA